AUGGAAGGUUUUCCGGAGGACAGCGACUUCAUUUUGUACGGACCUGAAAUGGACAGAACGCUGGGGAUGAAAAACUACCUCACAAUGGCACUUGCCAGGGCUAUGGGGAGAUACGCCUCCCUCACAAAGUACUGCGAGGUGUUCUUGGUUCAGGACGGAAGGCAGCUGUCGAUCGACCAUUACAACGGCAUUUACAUCGCCAUGGAGAAAAUCAAGAGGGACAAGAACAGAGUGGACGUUCAGAAAAACGAGGGUGACAUUUCCGGCGGCUACAUAUUCAAAUACGACAACGACAACUUCGACGAGGGUGACAAGAAAAUUGUAUCCACCUACACAAAGCUGGAGUUUGUCUGCGUGUACCCAAAGAAGACCAAAGUGUCGCAGGAACAGCUUGACUGGAUGGGCAGCUACAUGGGCGAAAUGGAGCAGGCGCUGCAGUCACAGGAUCGGAAUCAAUGGACGAGGUACAUUGACGAAGGCACCUUUGUGGACUACUUCUUAAUCACAGAAAUGACGAAAAACCCUGACGGGUACAGGGGAUCCACAUAUUACUACAAGGACGCUGGAGGGCCCCUGGCCGCGGGCCCCGCCUGGGACUACAACGAGGCGUACGGCUACUGCUGCGGCUAUCCCAUCGAGGGCUACCAGAACAACGGGGAGAGCACUGGAAUAAGCGGCGGGAGUGCCAUUUCUCCUGAGGGCUGGCGGUACAACAUCUGCAUCGACAGGGAGCGAUGCGUUGUGGAUCCGGACGACGGGACCUCGCAGUACUUCAUGAUGCUGAUGUUGGACCCCGAGUUCCAGGCCUCCGUGGCGGGUCGAUGGCAGGAGCUUCGGGCGGGCCCAUGGAGCACAGGCUCCAUGGUGGGCCUCGUCGAAGGGCUCAAGGGCCAGAUCCGGGAAGCCGCCCUGAGAAACUACAAGAGGUGGCAUGAGGCGCCGCUGUUGGAGGGCGCCACGACCGACGACGAGAGCAACCUGGCAGUCUGGACUUUCGAGGUCGACAAGUUUGCGGACUGGGUUAGGGAACACGCGGCGUGGAUCGACGGGCAGCUCACCAGUAGCCCCGGUUUGGGGUAG